CACCUGGACUACGACUACAUUGGAAAAUGCAAAGAUGUCUGGCGACGAGGGCAUUUAUCCUCAUCUAAUUAUGUUCUGUGAGGAUCACUUGGAAAAACUGGACCCUAGGAGCCUGGCCCUCAGGAAGGAAAAGCCUGUGUCCACAGCUGCUUGCCUUCCAAAUGAUGAGUGGAGCCAAAUUGCUGAUGAGUUGAAGAAAUGGCAAGAAGAAACCAAAGCGUCAGAGACUUCACUGAAACAGCAGUCAAUGUUUGAUGCUCUGGUGUUUGAAAAUAUGCCACCUAUAAGAGGUUCCAAUUGCUCUGUUCCACUAUGCCAGACUUCAGUUAAAAAAGAAAAGUGGACUCUUUCAAAACACACUCUCCCACGUGAUUAUCGAGAAUGGGACAAGUUUGAUGUCGAAAAAGAGUUUGAAAAAAUCGACAGAAAUGUGGAUAAACAUGAUGCACCUGCCAUUAUAAACCAGGGACACCCCAAAAUCAAAACUAAAGUGGAUGCCUCAUUGCUGACACAACAGGAGAAGCUGCUUCUUGCAAAUCGCGAAAAGGAGAAAGGCAAUGAAGCUUUCAGAGCCAAGGAUUAUGAGGAGGCUGUUGCAUACUACUCCAGGAGUCUUUCCAUCCAACCGGCUGUGGCUGCAUACAACAACAGAGCACAGGCACAGAUACACCUCCAGAGCUGGCACGAUGCCAUGAGAGACUGUGAGAGGGUUCUGGAGCUGGAGCCUGGCAAUAUGAAAGCCUUGCUACGCCGUGGCACAGUUAAUAAUCACAUGGGCAACUUCCAAAUGGCUGUUGAAGACCUGAGGGUGGUGCUAAGGGAAGAGCCGCAGAAUGCUGCAGCCACGAAACUUCUAUUGGAAAUUGAGAAGAAGAUGAAGGAACGUCAACCCGAGCAGCGACGCAGAGGCAAACAAAUCCUCAUCCAAGAAGUAGAAGAGGAAGAUGACAACGAUAAAACCAGAGCCAAAGAGACUGCCCGUCCGGUUGAACCCAGCCAGCCUGUGGGAGGGGAGGAGAGCUCAGCUGCUCCUGUCGAGAGGGGAGACAUGGGUAACACUCAAAAGAAGCCCCACAGCAGAGGGGACGGGGGUCCUCACAGUGAGCCCAACAACUCCCACCACGGACACCGGAGAGGCAAAGGAGCGAGCGCAGACAAGUACAGAGUCACGCAGGAGUCCAAGGAGAAGGUGGCCAAUGGAUCCGGCAAGAGGGGCUCCACGGCUUCAGCCCCAGCUGAUCCCAGCAGCAGGAAAGAACCCCCGGUCGGAGGAAACGCAGGGGAAACCGUCAACCUUGAUGCUCCAUGUGGAGCCCUGCCCCCGCCUCUGUCCCGGCUAAAGAAUGAAGGAAACCUGCUGUUUAAAAAUGGACAGUUUGCCGACGCACUGGAGAAAUACUCACAAGCCAUCCAAGGCUUUACAGAUUCAGGAAUGAACAGUCCUGAGGAUCUAUGUAUUCUGUAUUCAAACAGAGCAGCCUGUUACCUUAAAGAUGGCAACUGUCAAGAGUGCAUACAGGACUGCACACGAGCCCUGGAGCUGCAGCCGUUCUCCCUCAAGCCCCUCCUGCGCCGGGCCACGGCUUAUGACUCUCUGGAGCGCUACCGCAAGGCCUACGUGGAUUACAAGACCGUCCUGCAGAUCGACAUCAGCGUGCAGGCAGCCAACGACAGUGUCAACAGGAUCACCCGGCAGCUGAUCGAGGAGGAUGGCCCGGAGUGGAGGGAGAAGCUCCCUGAAAUCCCCCUGGUGCCCCUGUCAGCACAGCAGCACCGCAGAGAGGGGCCGCCCAGUGCCGAGCUCCUGCAGGCCCGGGCCGAGAAGGCAGCCAGAGACGCAGAAAGGAAAGCAGAAGUCCAUUUUACAGCAGUGAAGCAAGAAGGGAACGACUUUGUGAAGAAGGGCCAAUACCAGGACGCACUGGGGAAGUACACUGAAUGCCUUAAGCUGAAGCCAGAGGAGUGUGCUGUCUACACCAACAGGGCCCUGUGCUACUUGAAGUUGGAGAGGUUUACUGAAGCCAAGCAGGACUGUGAUGCAGCUCUCAAAGUGGAUCCGACCAAUAAGAAGGCCUUCUACAGACGAGCCCUGGCUAACAGAGGCCUAAAGGACUAUAUGGCCUGCAGCUCCGACCUACAGGAGGUCCUGCAGCAGGACCCCAACGUGCAGGAGGCGGAGAAGGAGCUGGAGGAGGUGACGGUGCUGCUCAGACAGAGUCUGGCCAAUGUGUCACCAGCCAAGCCCAGGACGACUGUCCCCAUCACAGAGGUUGCUGGAGACGAGGAAACGCUGGGCGCUGCUCAGUCAGAGAGUCCCAGAGGGGAGGAACCCAUCAACCUUCAGCUGACCAACGCCUACGAGUACGGCCAGGCCCUGAACGCAGCGCGCUGCAGCGGGAACACGGCGGCCUGCGCGGCCCUGCUGGCCUCAACACCCCCCGAGAGGCUUCCCCACUUCCUGAGCACCCAGCUGGAUGGGAACACCAUCAGCUUCAUCAUGCAAGCACUGGACUCACACCUCCUGGAGAAAGACCCCCACCUGGUGUACCAACACCUCCAUCAUCUGCACACCACCCACAGGUUCUCGGUUGUAUUGAUGCUGCUGGAGAAGGACGAGCGUCGCUACAUGACCCAGCUGUUUGAGCAUCUGUCUGCUGUGCAGAGCGCAGAGUUCACUAAGAACGAUGUCCAGAAUCUGGCCAACAAGUACAUCUGACCCCCCAAAUCUCCCCCCCUCCCCCUGCUGCAUGAGCAUCUGCACCACUACAACUCUUGGAUCUAUGCAAAACGAUGCACAACAACUGAGUCCACAGACAGGAAGCUGCAGAAGGCGCCCCGGUGGAAUGUGUUCACUGCUGUGCUGUAGAUGAACUGAUCACUGUAUGUUUAAGUGACAGUAAGGAAUAUAUUUUUCUGCCCAGAACAUUUUGCUAUGCAGAUUUACUUUUGUACCACCAUUUGCAUUGUACAACAUCAAGGCAGUGGGAUAAUAUGGACCUUUCACUUUAGUGUAUUGAUACAAAAAGGUCCAAUGUACAAUUUCAUGCAACGCUACAGGCACGUGUUCCCCUCUCAGGACUGGCUCAUGUUCCCCGGAAGGAGUCCUUUGUUAUCGAGCUUCAUUCAGACAGCAGCUGAAAUCAGAAAUUAUAUUUAGUUCUGGGUGAAUAGAGCCAAGGAACAUGUGAGCUCAUUUGCUACUGAGCUAAGAAAGGUCUCUGUUGCUUUGGGUUUAAUCCAUAAGAUAAAUGAAGUUUUAUUUUGACCAUAUGUACUCUAUGAUCUGUGUGGGGGAAUGGACCUGCUUUCAUUGCUCUUCUGUGCAGUUUGAUAUCAGUAUCUGUUGAACUGAUAUAAACUGACAGUUGUAGAAAACAAGAUUCUUAUGUCAAGAGUCAAAGGCAGUUUGUUGUCUCAUGUCCAUAAGGAAUGACAGGAAGUCAUUCACCCAUUUGUUUACCAAAUGAGCCAUGCAGAUGUAACCUGCAGAGAAGCAGCAUCUUUAGACUUCAGGCUAGGGAUGAGUGUGCAGAUACUUCUAGAGAAAGAGUAUAUCUAUAUCACUUUUUAAUGGUUUGGAUUUAUGCAUAAUAAAUCAUACGUAUAUUCACUAAGCUACAUGCGCGUAAUUGUUUGAAAUAUGUCAUUUAUUUGCUAACUUUCAAUGUUUAGUAUUUCAUUAUUGAACAUUCCAGUCAUCCAAACCAUUGUUUUCAAAGGUUUUACAAAUUCUACAUGAAUGUACCAAAUGUAGUCAAGGGUGACAAGAGGCAAUAACUUCACAUGUUCCAGUUUCUUCUCACUGCGGUUUGAACGUACUUCAAUAGAGAUGUAGUGUUCACAGAGGGCUGUUCAAUCAACUGGGGAAAUGUUUUCUUCUCUGUGCUAAGGUGAAAUGAAAGUGUUAAAUAAAAAUAAAAUGGAUUAACAGUG